AUGUCGGGUCCAACGUCCGAGACUCAGUUACAGAGGAACAGCAGCCAGACCCCUUCCCCGGGUCUUAUCCAUAGACUUGACCACGUUGUGAUGACUGUAAGGAGCAUUGAAGACACUAUCACGUUCUAUUCCAAGAUCCUGGGCAUGGAGGUCACAACCUUCAAGGGAGACCGGAAGGCAUUGUGUUUUGGAGAUCAAAAAUUUAACUUACAUGAGGUGGGAAAGGAAUUUGAGCCGAAAGCAGCUCACCCGAUUCCGGGCUCCCUGGAUCUUUGUCUGAUCACGGAAGCACCUUUGGAGGAGGUGAUCCAGCGCCUCAAGGCUUUCGAUGUCCCCAUUGAGGAGGGCCCAGUACCCAGAACAGGAGCAAAAGGGCCGAUUAUGUCCAUCUACUUCCGCGAUCCUGACAGAAAUCUCAUUGAGGUGUCCAACUAUGUCACCUCAUGA